AUGGGACCUUUCUUCGCCGCCUUCAUUGCGCUUCUUGCGCUGGCCAGUGCCCAUGGCUCUCACUCACAAGAGGAGCUGGCCAAUCCCGCAGACGACUGGGCGUUGUACCAUAUGCAGGAAGAACACCACAUCUCCAACUUUGAUCCAGCCUCAUUCUUCUCACUCCAUGACUUCAACAACGAUGGCGCAUGGACGCCUGACGAAGUGCGCCGAACAUACGGUCUCGACGAUGAAUCUCUAAAAGCCACACCCGCCGAUGAUAAGGAUCGGGCCGUCCUUAAUGUCUUCAAAUUGUUUGACCCUCAUAGCACCGGCCUCAUCACUCGCGAGCAAUGGCUUGAGGGCAUACGUGCCGGCAAGAAGCUGCCAGACUCUGGCUUGGGCCCAGGUCAUCACGGCGACGACGAAUACGAGUAUGAAAUCCACCAUUUUGAGAAAUACCAUGAUGAGAAUACGAAAGAGGAGGAUCUCAUCCAUCCCGAAGAUAUCGAGCAUUUCAGAAAGCACGACAUGAGGGAAGACGAGGCUGAUCGCAUCCUGAGAGAACAACAACAGAGCAUUGUGGAGAGGAACAUUCCGCUCAAAUUCAGGAGACAACCAUGA